UACAAAUUGUCCUGCCGCACAGCACUUUUUGACCCGACCCAGACUCCAAUACGAAGUGCACAACAUCGAAAUAUUCUGAUCGCCUGACUAGUACAACAUAAAGGCCACAAAUGCCACCGAGCGCCAACAGUGUCUUGAAUCAGACCUCAGGAACGCUCGCGCUGCGCUGUUCGUAAUGUCACUCCCACGACAAACCCCUAUCAAUGGGACCUAUCAGAAACGGGUUCCGCCUGGAAGUCAAACGAAUCUGUACCACAUUCUACUUUCAAAUCUCCCCUGGCAAACUUCAUGGCAACAACUCAAAGACCACGUGAGAGGAGUUUGUCCAGUUGAGAGAGUCGAAGUAUUCAAUGAGAGCACCACCGGCUGGGUUAGCGUCCGGGGUCGCGACAACUUCGAGGCAGCAUUUAACUUACUCAACGGCGGCAUCUUUAAUGGUCGACCGCUGUUCGCCGAUGGCAAGAACGCAACCGCUCCAGUAAUGAUCAAAGAGCCUGUCGAGGCCACCACGCAGGCACACAGGCAUGCACCCUCAGAAUCAAAGCAGACACGUCGAUCAUCACCAGCCUCGUCCCGCUAUCAGGAUGCUGCACCAGCAGUCAUGCCGCCAUUAACCCCUGUUCCAGACCAAUGGUUUUUCAUGAGUCCGUCUUGUGCUGUGGCCCCCCCAACGAGCGACUUCCCGUCGCAUUCAAGCAUGCAGGAUACAAUUUACGGCUAUGGAAGCCCACCAGGAUUCCAACCAGUGUUGGACAAGGCUGGCAGCAGACAUCGGAGCACACAACAUGCCUGGCCGGUGAGAAUAUCAGACCAUCCCACAGAUUCGUAUUAUGUCCCAAUCCAACAAUCACAACCUGCUUUGCACUCGAAGCUCAACCGGCAGCUCGGGUACGAGGCAGAGUUGCCUGCAAGCGACCACAGCGCCGUGCCAGACCUCAUCCAUCAGUAUCCUGCGGGGCAUAGGGUCAUCAUCCGUCACAUCGCCCCCCACGUUACAUAUGGCGAAUUCGAUCACCUCUUGCGCCACAAGAUUGGCCGUGAUGUCGAUAGUAUUGUUCAGCUGGAGCUACCCAUCUCAGAAAGUUAUGAUUCUAACAGCGGCUAUGCUGUGGCGACCUUCCACAGCGAGGGAGCUGCCGUCCGGGCAGUCAGGAAGUUCCAUGGUGCCAAGUUCGAGAACAGACUAUUGAAAGCUGAGCUUGUGAUCGAAGGUGUUGCACAAAACAACAGCCAGCGGUCAAUGGGUUCGCGCAAGCCCGCGCGAGGGGACAAGGAGAAGACCCGCCUGACAAGCGCCCACAACGAGAACAACAGCUAUAACAAGAAGACUCGAUCCUCCCCGAAAUCCGGAAUCAUCAUUGCGAAUGGAUCCUCAUCAACUCGGAGCACACAUCAAAAGCUAUAAACAAUCCAUAAGACCGGCUGCACACAGCACGCGGGAAUGAGAGAUGAACUUUUUCGGUACUUAGGGCCCCUCAUUUGUUAUGCGGACG